AGUACCACAGCAGAAGUUCUGCAACACCAUGUGCCUCCUGGCCUCGUUCCUUUCUCUUCAGUAGAGGGCAGAGCCACAGACGGGUCUCUACUAUGGGGGAGCGGACAAUUCUGGAGCCUCAGGAUACCCCUUCUCACCAUGGGCUCUUCUACCCUUUGGCCAAAGCUCAGCAACAUGGGCAACUCUACUGCCAUGAGGGCCAGGAUGCCAUUGGGCAGCUGGAGGGCAUAGCGGAAACCAGCGGCUCUCAUAAUAAUCCGAGCGUCUUUGGGGGCCGUGGUGACGGCGGGUGCACGUCUGAGGACCACGCAACGUUCAGCAGCUGGAUUAGUCCUUCCCUGGUCCACAUGCACAUGGACUUCAGCACCGGGGGCCUAGGCGAUGGGUUGGGAAGAGGGAAGCGUCAGAGCUCCUCGGAGCUGCUGCCCAGCUGGCGGCCCGCAUACUGCCACCACGGGGGGUGUAACGUGGAAGGAGUCAUCUGUGAGCAGAAGCUGGACUCGUUUUCCGAAGCGUUCUCCAGGCGGAACGCGGCCUUGCUUCAGAACGGGGGUCGAGGGGUGAUUUUUACAUCUGGAUCGGGAGUGGGAGCAGGCAGGGCGAGCGGCGGUCUCAGUGUGACCAGGGUGGUCACAGACCCUGCUGCCCCUCCAACCCCUCCGACAACACACUCCUCACCACUCCUCCUCUGCCCGCCGCCGACCCCCCUCUCCCUGGCCUCUCUCGCGCCUUCGAGAAACACUCCUCAGUUCCCGGCAGCACAGGUGACGCAGUCGCUGCAGCUGGAUGCCGACUUCAACUCCGAGCAGUCCUACUACACCUCACACACCCAGACGCACACACAUCCACCCCAUUCUCCAGCCACCGCGCUCACGGGAAAGUGCCCUCCUCUGCAGUGGGGGCAGCAUACAGGAGACCCAGGUGCAGCAGCAGAACCUUCUCAACCUCAGCCCCAAGACAAGGACUCAAACCCCUCCAUCGUUUACCCCGGAGAUCCAGAAUUCGCCUUGAGACAGCCGGCCUCCACCCACCAGAACGAGUACAGCAUUCCAGAUCAUUGCCUUCAGACACCCAUCAACUCUCCCCAAGGCCAGUACCCAUCAUCCUGUGCCUCCUUCCUGCCAGACCCUAACACCCCAGCCACCACUGAUCAGAUGGCACCCUGGCACCUGGAGGCAGCAGAUAGAGACUGUGUCCUGCCCUGCACCCCUCUGCCCCCCCCGAGCUGCCCCCAGGGUGAAGGAGCCAGGGCUGGAGCUGAGGAAAAGCUCUGUUUGGGGUCUCCAUCCACAGGGAGCUGGCCGCAGAGCCCUCUGAACAUGCAGAGCACACCACUGGCCAUCUACACCGGACUCCCCUUCCCCAGCAUCCUCCAAGCUGGAAGAACCCUGGAGAUGGACUGGUCUGGAGCACCUCCCCACUACACCCCCCGCCCCAUGUUGAACCCUCAACGCAGGGGCUCUGGUCUGUACUGCAGCCUGCUGCCUACUGUGCACCUCCAUUCCCAGCAUGGCAACCAGGGGAGCCUGUGGCCUGAAGAGGGGGAAGACUGUUUGCCUCUCCCGGAGGUGAACGUCGGUCCAGCAUUCCAGACAGAGCUGCCCGAGGUACGGGGGAGCAUGGAUGCUGACAUGUGGCUGGAAGAACCCCCCAGGGAGGAGCUGUUGUGGAAACCGUGGGAGGAGCUGGAAGAGAAUGACAAAACGCUGGAACAAGUGGAGAUCUUUCUGGACCUGUGCAGUUCCAGUGCAGUUCCAGGAGGGGGAACCAACAUUGAGCUUGCCCUACACUGCCUUUCCCGUUGCCAGGGUAACAUACUGGCUGCUGUGGAGAUGUUGCUCUUGUCUACACCUUCAUUCUCAGGAGACUACCAUUACUGUGGUAGCGAUGUCUGGAUGCUGAGUGAGCGAAGACUAUUUAAUAAAGCAUUUGCCAUCUACAGUAAAGACUUCUCCCUCAUACACAAUAUGGUGAAGACAAAGCGUGUGUCCCAAUGUGUGGAGUUCUAUUACCUCUCAAAGAAGAUUCCAGAACAGCAAAGGAAGCAAAGGGAGAGGGAGAAGCUGUCAGAGGGGGAGCUCAGCGGUGCGAUGGAAAGUGCUGUGUUUCCAACCUCAGAGCUCAUGGUGAGACCUCGGGUGAUGGACGGGUUGAUGCCAAGCAAUUCUCUGGCUACCAGCUUCCCAUGCAAGCAGUGUGGAAAGAUGUUUUAUAAAAUCAAGAGCCGCAAUGCCCACAUGAAGAUCCACAGGCAGCAGCAGGACGACUGGAGAGAGCGUGACAAGCACCCUACGUUAGCGCAGAACCUUAACCAGGCCCGGCUGACCUUUCUGCAAAACUCCAACAGCCAUGUGGGUGCCUUGAGCAACCCCAGCCUCAGCUCCACUCCUGUGCCUAUGUACGCUCCUCCUCCAACCUGGGACCCGUUUGACAUUCCCUCCGACCCCAGCACUUUCUACUACGAUGCAGAGAGUAAAGUGGUGCUGAGCAUGGCGGGAGGACCCAAAGGCCAAAUUCGCUGGCAGUGAUAUCCAGUGUUUUUCUCCAAAGUUUUUCUUUGCCAGUUUUUUUACAAGCAUGCAUAUGUAAUCAUUCUGAGUGCUGACCACAUCAGCUCUCAUUUGAAGUUGCACUGACAGUAUCACGUAUGCAGCUACGCAGCAAACUCGUGGACAUGUAGCGGCUCUGCUUUGCACUACCUACUGGUCUAGACAGUAGUAGCGUCGUUAAGUACUCUUUGUCGGAGUAGCUGACUCUUUUUUUAAAACAGUAUUUCAGUUUUGAAAUUUUCCUUUGGGCAUUUACAUUUGUGAACAUUUUCAGAACCUGUAAAAUAUUUGUUUCUGUGAACCAUUGGGCACUGGUGAUAAUAAGUUACGGUCGGAGGUACAGCUUCUAAGAAAAUUCUCAGUUGUAGUACCGGACUGCUUGUCCAAGUUAAAGAUCACUUGUUUAUUACAGCUGUUAUUGCUUUACAUCAGAUGUGGCCAAGCCUGAUCCUGGGGCACCACAGUCCAAGGGUUUUUUCAGAGAAACUAUUUUAAAUGGCUCCUAAAUUAUACCUGAAAUAGGAGGUGAAACAGCUGAGCUAAAGCAAAAACCAGCAUAUGACCUGUCCGUGAAGAAUGGCACUUAUUUAAGGUCUUUGAGAAGAAAGAUCUUUGUUUGCCUCGAUUAGGCUAAAAACGUGUCUCACGUCUCACAAAAUUAACAAAUGAGAAAAUUUGUGUUUUAUUAGCUAGUUUCUUUAGCUUGAUCAAGCACAGAUUCAUUCAGCACAACGGACAACUUCUCCAGCGGCCCAUAAUGAACUUGUUCGGUUUAAUGCGAUUUGAACCAGAGUGACCCGGACAACUUAAUUCAAUGCAGAACACAGAGGUCCGCCAGGAUCAGGACUCACAACUGCUGCUGUGUCUUUAGUAAAAAAAGAAACAAAUAAGUAGUUUGUACCUUCAAACAUUAAGGUCAAUUUAUGAGGACAAGAAGCGUUGGAGUGUCUGCAUUAAUGUCAGGGUUUUUUUUUUUUUUUUUUUUACUUUAGGUCAAGUAUGUACGACUGGUGAACAAACGUGUAUGUGGGUGUCAGUAAAUCUCCACCUCUCACAUACUUCCAGGUAUUUUUUUUCAUGUCGUUAUAUGCUGGCCAGGGUGAAAAAGCGUUUUCAUUUUUUUAACUCUUAAAUUUUUGAUGCAUUGUGUGUACCGCUGCAAGGCUACAGUACAACCUACAAGUCUGCAAUAUUAAGGUGGCAUCUAUCACCUUUAGAUUUAUAU